AGUUAAGUAAUAAAAUCCAUUCAUCAUAAACAACACUAAAUGCAACAAAAUACACGUGGUGGUAUCCUAACAUAAAUUUAGACUUUUACGCCUGGAUGCACAUAAACAUAUUAAUAGUAAGGAUAUUACGAACAAGUUUACAAGUUUAUACUUAAGUUACUUCAAUCCGAGUGUGAUAUUUCCGUUGUUGAAAUUUUAUGAAAAACCGCACGUUUGAUAUAUGUGCGGAGUCGGAUGUGUGAUGACAUUUUGAGUCACGGAUGUACAUUUGGGAUACAUUAAAUAAAACAAUAAUGGUGACAUACAGAUUAAAAACAUUAGAAGCAGGGAAGGUCCCCCUGGAAAUGAGAGUUCCAUAUGUGAAUACCGGUUAUCGGAAGCUGUAUCAGCCUUGGGAAUAUUACCUACACAGUUUAUUUCACCUUCAUAAUGAAACUAUAAACGUGUGGACGCAUUUAAUCGGCUGUGUUGUGAUAAUAUUUCAAACAUACACUUACUAUAGGAUAUACGCAGACGAGGACGCUGCAAUUAAAGGAACCGUUCUAGGGUUUGGACUGUGCUGUUUUAUAACGUUAUUUAAUAGUGCAACAGCUCACUUGCUCCACUCCAAAUCUUGCCACACCAAUUUUCUCGUGUUUAUGUUUGAUUAUAUCGGAGUAGUGAGCUGGGGUUACGGAACUGCUAUAUUGUCACUGUACGGUGUUUCAAGUAAAUCUAUGUAUGACUGGUUGGGAUCGAACUUUGUCGUUAUUCAAAUUGUUUGGACAUAUCUGAAUUUUAUAAAUAUUUGCUUGGCAAAGCUUUGGUAUGGACACGAUUUAUCACUUAGCCAACGAAAAAUCAUGAUUGUCGUCGGUAUAUCUAUUCAAGGUCUCUGGAACUUCAUUCCAUUCUUUCCACGUUAUAUAAAUUGCUAUAAAAGCCAAGUCUGUGAGUUGAGCUCACUAAAUCACGUGACUAUUGUUUGCGUUUCAUUUGCAUUUAUGACUUUAACCUUUGUUCUUCAUCAGCCAGAGAGAUUGAAGCCAGGCAUGUUUGAUAUUGUUGGACAAAGUCACCAGAUCUUUCAUGUUUUUGUUAUCCUAACAAUGACACUUCAAUUCAGAGCACUUUAUGUCGAUUUUGAGACAAAAUCCAACUUACACUGCAAACCAAAUGUAACGGAGCUUUUAUUUUGCAUUUUCUUAUUAAAUUCUUCUUGUCUUGUAACUCUGUGUUAUUUCAGAGAAAGAGUAAAGAGAAAACUGGAUAACAACAAUAAAGAGAAAUGAAGAUAAACUUAAGGAAAUAUAGUUUUGUAUUGUAUGCUUUACAUAAAUAUGCUUACCACGGACAACAAUUACUGAUAAUAUACCAUGUUUAAUGGUUUAACAAUUAACUUUGAAAUUAGUAAAAAAAUAAAAUCAG